CACCACACGUCGGCAACUUCCUUUCCAGCGCCAUCACAUUGUGAAAGUGCACGGUUCUCUGUGAGCUAAGGCCAAUCCGGCGACUUGCACUCUUUACAAUAAGCAUCCGUUACAGAAAACACGACAAUAAUUUACAAUGGCUUCUAAAGACGAACUUGCCUGUGUUUAUGCCGCCCUCGUCCUCGCCGACGACCAAGUAGCGAUCACUUCAGAGAAGAUCACCACUAUCCUGAAGGCUGCAGGUGUUUCCGUUGAGCCAUACUGGCCAGGUCUAUUUUCCAAGGCCCUUGAUGGUGUCAAUGUGAAGGAACUGAUCACCAACAUCGGUAGCUCGGCUGGCUCUGCCCCAGCUGGAGGUGCUGCCCCUGCCGCCGCCGAUGCCCCUGCUGCUGCUGACAAGAAAGAAGCCAAGAAGGAAGAAUCCGAGUCUGAGGACGAAGACAUGGGCUUUGGUCUAUUCGACUAAUAACCCCAAGUGCUGUAAAUAAAGUCCAUGUCUUAACCA